AGCGGCGGAGCGGCGGCCCGGGCGGGCUGCGGCGCGGGCGGCGAGCAGGGGCCGCGGCCGCGCGGAGCUCGCCAUGCGGGCGCGGGCCUGAGGCGCGGCGAGCGGGGCCCAGGCGAGCCAGGGCGCGCCGACCUGUCGCCCGCGGCGGCCCGGCCCGGGCCCGAUGAGCGGCGGCCUCGGCCUCCGGCGCAGCCCGGAAAUGUCCGGCAAGCUCGAGAAAGCAGACUCCCAGCGCUCUCACCUCUCCUCCUUCACCAUGAAGCUGAUGGACAAAUUCCACUCGCCCAAAAUCAAGAGAACACCAUCAAAGAAGGGAAAGCCCGCCGAGGUGUCUGUGAAGAUUCCAGAGAAGCCUGUGAACAAAGAGGCAAGAGACAGAUUUCUGCCAGAGGGCUACCCUAUCCCCUUGGAUCUGGAGCAGCAGGCAGUAGAAUUUAUGUCCACCAGUGCUGUGGCUUCCAGGUCUCAGAGGCAGAAGAACCUGAGCUGGCUGGAAGAGAAGGAAAAGGAAGUUGUCAGUGCUUUGCGCUACUUUAAGACCAUUGUGGACAAAAUGGCUAUUGACAAGAAGGUACUGGAGAUGCUUCCAGGCUCAGCCAGCAAGGUGCUGGAGGCCAUCUUACCCCUGGUGCAGACCGACCCUCGGGUCCAGCACAGCUCAGCCCUCUCCUCCUGCUACAGCCGAGUGUACCAGAGUCUCGCCAACCUCAUCCGCUGGUCUGACCAGGUGAUGCUGGAAGGUGUGAACUCAGAGGACAAGGAGAUGGUGACAACUGUGAAGGGAGUCAUCAAAGCCGUGCUGGACGGAGUGAAGGAGCUAGUCAGGCUGACCAUCGAGAAGCAGGGACGCCCAUCUCCAACGAGCCCAGUGAAGCCCAGUUCCCCGGCCGGCAAGCCUGACGGCCAGCCUGAGCUCCCCCUAACAGACCGAGAGAUGGAGAUUCUAAACAAGACCACAGGCGUGUCUUCGUCCACUGAGCUGCUCCCAGACUCCACGGAUGAAGAGGUUGCGCCCCCCAAGCCUCCUUUACCUGGCAUUCGGGUGGUCGACAACAGUCCACCAGCAUUACCACCCAAGAAAAGACAGUCGGCACCAUCCCCUACCCGGGUGGCUGUGGUAGCCCCCAUGAGUCGGGCCACCAGUGGCUCCAGUUUGCCUGUUGGAAUCAAUAGGCAGGAUUUUGACGUUGACUGUUAUGCACAGAGGCGACUGUCAGGGGGCAGCCACUCAUAUGGUGGAGAGUCACCCCGCCUCUCCCCCUGCAGCAGCAUAGGCAAGCUCAGCAAGUCGGACGAGCAGCUGUCCUCUCUGGACAGGGACAGUGGACAGUGCUCCCGGAACACAAGCUGUGAAACACUAGAUCACUAUGAUCCCGACUACGAAUUCCUCCAGCAAGACCUCUCCAACGCAGACCAGAUACCUCAGCACGUGGCCUGCAACCUUAGCCCACUGCCAGAGUCCUUGGGAGAGUCUGGGUCUCCAUUUCCCAGUCAUCCUUUUCAGCUGCCUCUUAGCAGCUGUCCCCCGUCGGAGGGACCCUCUGCCCUGGGGCGGCAGACAGACACACCGCCUGCUCUGCCUGAGAAGAAGCGUCGGAGCGCAGCUUCCCAGGCCUGGGACAGUGCUGGCUGCAGGGCGUCCUACGAGCGGCACCCCUCGCAGUACGACAACAUCCCCGAGGAUGGCCUGCAGAGCCUGGCCCCGGCCGUCCCCUGCACGCCCUUUGCUGCUGUCCUCCCCUUUCAGCAAGGAGGCUCCUCAGCCCCCAUCGAGUUUGUGGGUGAUUUUACGGCUCCUGAGUCAGCGGGGGACCCAGAGCAGCCGCCUCCUCUACCAGAGAAGAAAAACAAACACAUGCUGGCCUACAUGCAGCUGCUGGAGGACUACUCGGAGCCGCAGCCCUCCAUGUUCUACCAGACACCGCAGAGUGAGCACAUCUACCAGCAGAAGAACAAGCUGCUCAUGGAGGUGUACGGCUUCAACGACUCCUUCAGUGGUGGGGACUCUCUGCAGGAGCUGGCCCCGCCGCCCGCCCUGCCCCCCAAACAGCGGCAGCUGCAGGCCUCCUAUGCUGCUUCUUCCUUCUCCUCUGUCUCCUACUGUGUCCAGCAAACUAAAGUGGCCUUCACUCCCGAGGACGGCAGUGCCACUCAGGGCCUCAGUGUGUCCGUGUCUAACUCCUUUCUCAGCCGGCACGGCAGCUUGCCCGUGCCCUCGUACAAAUCUGUGUUUAGGUCCUACUCCCAGGACUUCGUGCCUCACCACCAGGCUUCCGUUCAACCUUUCCUUCCGCCUACCUCCUCUUCCUCUCCGCAUUUCCCACCUGUCCACCCGUCUCAGAGCUCGGACUUGGUGGUGCCUGCUGUGGCCGGUCCGCCUCCCAGCACCGUGGCCGGGCCUCUCUCGUCCUCUCAGGAGAGCAGCUUUCAUGGGAACGCUGUCUGCCUUCCUUCCGAAACCUCUUGCGCUGACUCGAGUGAAAGCACCAGUGAGGAAGCUGGCGAGGGUGAAUAUGUCAGUCUGUACUCCUCUGGCCGGAGCAGCGAGGAGCUGGCUCCCUCUCGAGGAGAAUCACCAGCUGGGAAAGACGGACAACCCAGAGAUCUCUCAGCCAUCGGCAGUGCCCCUGGGAAGGACAGUAGAGAUAGCAGUGAGAGGGCCCCAAAGUCACCUGACACUCUGGAGUCGGCUCAGUCAGAGGAGGAAGUAGACGAGCUGUCCCUCAUUGACCACAACGAAAUCAUGGCCAGGCUGACCCUCAAGCAAGAGGGAGACGAUGGGCCAGAUGUGCGUGGAGGAUCUGGAGACAUCUUACUGGUCCACGCCACUGAGACAGACAGGAAAGACCUGGUGCUGUACUGCGAAGCCUUCCUCACCACCUACAGGACCUUCAUCAGCCCCGAGGAGCUCAUCAAGAAGCUGCAGUACCGCUACGAGAAAUUCUCUCCCUUCGCCGACACGUUCAAGAAGCGCGUCAGCAAGAACACGUUCUUCGUGCUGGUGCGGGUGGUGGAUGAGCUCUGCCUGGUAGAGCUGACAGAAGAGAUCCUGAAGCUACUCAUGGAACUAGUCUUCCGCCUAGUGUGCAGUGGGGAGCUCAGCCUGGCACGUGUGCUCCGGAAGAACAUCCUAGACAAGGUGGACCAGAAGAGACUGCUCCGGUGCGCCAACUCCGACCAGCCCCUGGCAGCCCGGGGAGUUGCAGCCAGGCCAGGGACGCUGCACGACUUUCACAGUCACGAAAUCGCGGAGCAGCUGACACUGCUGGAUGCCGAACUCUUCUACAAAAUAGAGAUUCCUGAGGUUUUACUCUGGGCAAAAGAACAGAAUGAAGAGAAGAGCCCCAACUUGACCCAGUUCACAGAGCACUUCAACAACAUGUCCUACUGGGUUCGGUCCAUAAUCAUGUUACAGGAAAAGGCCCAGGACAGGGAGCGGCUGCUCUUAAAGUUCAUCAAGAUCAUGAAGCACCUGCGGAAGCUAAAUAACUUCAACUCCUACUUGGCCAUCCUCUCAGCACUGGACUCAGCACCCAUCCGCAGGCUGGAGUGGCAGAAGCAGACCUCAGAGGGCCUGGCCGAGUACUGCACUCUGAUCGACAGCUCGUCCUCCUUCCGUGCCUACCGGGCCGCCCUCUCAGAGGUGGAGCCCCCCUGCAUCCCGUACCUGGGUCUGAUCCUGCAGGACUUGACCUUUGUCCACCUGGGGAACCCAGACUACAUCGACGGCAAAGUGAACUUUUCCAAACGGUGGCAGCAGUUCAACAUCCUGGACAGUAUGCGGUGCUUCCAGCAGGCGCAUUAUGACAUCCGGAGAAACGACGACAUUAUAAACUUCUUCAAUGACUUCAGUGACCACUUGGCCGAGGAGGCCCUAUGGGAACUCUCUUUGAAAAUUAAGCCCAGGAACAUAACAAGGAGGAAAACAGACCGGGAGGAGAAGACCUAGGAGCGGUGCGGUGGGCGAGGGGAAUGCUCAGGGGCCUCUAGCCUGAGGACCUGGGCCUGCCAGGUGGGCUUCAGCGCCCCAGCCUCAGAGCCUGGCUGGCUGGGCCCGGCAGAGCCCGGAGCCUGCCUGCAGCUUCCUGCCUCCUCCCUGCCGGCACAGCCCCAGGGUCCGCGUGUGGAGCCAGCAAGGGUCUCAGUGGGGCUUUUGGCUCUGUGAACCCAAGGUCUCCCACUGGGCUUUGUUCUCGAUUUCACUUCCACAUCCCCCUCCCCCGGACCCCUCCAGCCUGGGACAGCACCGAGAUGUCAGCAGCAGACCUCAUCCCACCCAGGGCCAGGACCCUGAAUCUCCUGAAGUGGCAGAGUGGAGGCGGAGGAUGCUCUGGGGGACUGCCCUCCAGGACACCUGGAGAGGGGACAGAAGGCCAGGGGCAGGCACCUCUUACUUUCCAUCCCCUGGAUUUUAAACAGGAGGAUGGAGUGUAUGGGACCUGGCCCAGGAGGUAUGGCAGGUGGCCUUCAGCAGCCCUGGCGCUAGUGCCCUGUGCUGGGACGACCCCAGGCCUGUCCUGCUGUGCGUGCUCUGCAGGGCUGCCCUGCUGGACCGCAGCAGAGUGCUGUCGGCCACCUGUUUCCCCUUCAGCUCCCCCACCACAGGCCCCCAGGCUCUGGGGAGCAGGGGGCACUUGGUCAUCACAGAGACGCGUGGUGCUGAGCAGGGAGCAUGGCAGAGCUGAGCCAGUCAGGGAGGACCUGGGGGGCGGGCAGCCCCUCCUCCGCACUUGCUGAGUGCCUUAACUCCAGCUCCCAUCCCUCCCUGUCCCAUGGGCUUCCCUCCUACCUUGUCCCUCCGGGAGGCCAGCAGGCUCCUUGCACAGUGCUCCCUGGAGUGCCGGCGGGGCAAGGCCUGCUGCGGAGAUGUCUGGAGGCUGCCCAGCAAAGUGUCCCCAGGCAGCUGCCCACCCCUUGUUGGCCCCUCACUGCUGAGGUCGACAAUCCAGGCAAGGCUCCCAGGGCCCGGCAAGCAGGGUGCCAGCGGGAACCCGU